CGGUCUUGGACCUUGGUUGAGAAACGGUGGUCGGUAGAUUGCGGUAGGUCUGUUGAAACGUUACGAUCACGAUGAAAUUUCUCGUUACCUGCUGGGCUUGUUUGGUCCUGGCGUUGGUCGAAGGUAACGAGAAUCGUGGUCAACCUCAAAGACAUCAAAGUUUAUCGGAUUCUAUCCGUUUGCUGGACGUCACGAGGAGCGUGUUAAGGAAAGUCACGAAAGUUGGUUUUCUUUCCAAACUUCCUUAUGUCGAGUGGAUCGUGCAAAAGCUCGACGCUGUCCAUUUGUACGUCUCGGCUGGGCAAGCGCUGGCCGCGAAAUUAGAUCCCGAUUUGCUGGAGGCCUUGGCUGGGGUUGCUGGUGGGAGAAGAGAGCGAGAGGAAGGUAGGAGCACGAUGAAUGAUUACAUCCUAAAUUGGCGCUACAAACCUGCGACAAUUCCGGCCUACACCCGCAAGAAAUCCAAACCGAGCGAUGAUCUGGAAGAAGAAAUAGAUGAAGAAUUCUCCGCCAGUUAUAGUAGUCAUGACAGAGGCUACUACGGCGGAGGGCAUGGCGGCGGAUAUGGAGGGGGAGGCUAUGGUGGAGGCCAUGGCGGAGGAGGGCAUGGUGGUGGAGGCUAUGGCGGCGGAGGAGACUACGGAGGUGGUGGGUACGGCGGAGGAGGAUAUGGCGGAGGCGGACAUGGUGGAGGAGGGUACGGAAUGGAUUCUUCGGGCAAGGCCUUUUCUAUUUUGGGAGGCCUUUCGUUCCUGACCUUCUUGGGCGUGCUACUCUACCAGCUGGCCACUCAGAGCGCCGCUACAGGUCGUGUAAUGGACGCGGACGCUCCUCUGUUCAUGUCCGAUUUUCACAACGUCGACCGUCUCUUGAUGGAGAACCCCCUACUGUUUACCAAAGACCUGAACGAUCCUCCUUCAAUGGUAACAGCCGAGGAGGAAAAUUCAGAUAUUCUCGACCAAACGGCCGGUAUCUUUAACGGAUUGUGGCGGGCUCAUCAGCACAAAACUCCGGUCGGGCGUAGAUAUUCACGUCGCUGCACUCAGCGACGCAUCUGCGAGACGUUGACAGCCAACAAGGACGUCGCCUACGAUCCGCUCGUUCAAAUAGCCACAAUUGGCAUGGCUUAUUGGCUGGGAGAACACGAUUCUGCUUACACGGUGGAUCGCGUUAUGCAAGCAGCGCUCGGAGCUGAUAGCGGUAACAAAUCGGCUGAUGGAUCAACCAUACUCGACUUAUGUUCGACCAUCGUGCCGAAAUGUCGGAGCCUUCAGUCGGAGCCGCUAAUGCUUUCAUCCGCCACUAAGAGAAGAUUGAAACCGCUUGCUGAUGACGACGCCAUCGUCUCUACUCGGAAUGAAAUCACAUGGUCAUAAAAAAAGCGGAUGACAAAUGAAUUCGUCGACGAGUAGACUAUAUUAUACUGUGCGUGCAUUUUUUUUUUCUCAAAAUAAA